AUGCCUCAUUUUCUCCGUUCCCCCUGGCUGUUGAGCCAAAUAGCUCUGGCUUCGGGCUUGACGUUCAACAUUCCCACGACCGUACCGGCCAAUGCCAGCGGCCAGAUCCCGGAUGCCCCUGUGGGAGUCUCUCUUGAAUUCUUUGCCUUUCCUGGAUACUUCAAUGACGUCGCUUCGACUUCGAAAUGUCUGCAGAACCUCAAGGACGUUUCUGGAACGUGGCCGCCGCUGCGAAUUGGAGGAACCACGCAGGACCGCGCCACAUACGACGCUUCGUCCUCGAACGCGGUGACCUACACCGUCGCCAGCUCCGGCGAUGCACCAUCCACGCUCACCUUCGGCCCGUCGUUCUUCGAUCUGGCCGCGACAUAUGGCGGCGAGGUCAUCAUUGGGCUGAAUCGCCGCCUGAACAAUAUCGCCAACACCGUAGCCGCAGCGAAGCUCGCCAAAUCCAAGAUGACCAAUUUGGACGCCAUCGAACUUGGAAACGAACCCAAUUUCUUCACCAGUUCGGACCCCAUUGCCAACGGAGCGUCCUGGACUCCUGCUGCCGACUACGCGUCGCAGGUCGCAUGGCAGGAUCAAGUCGGCGGAAACUUGUCAGCCACGAAUAUCUUUUCCGCCGGUGUCUACUUCUACACCUCGCCCAUGAGUAUCCAAGGGCUCUCAGCCGUCGAGGGCAAUGCCAAUAGUUAUGUCAAGGACUACUGCUCACACAACUAUCCCCAGUCUGCAAGCACGGCCAAUCUAGCUAGCCUCAUGAGCCACAGUGGCAUUACUUCCCAGAUUUCUUCUUUUGCAGCUGAAGUCAGCGCCGCUAAAGCCAAGGGGAAAUCCCAUGUUAUGGGAGAGACAAACUCGGCUACCCAAGGUGGUGGUGGAAUCAGCCCUACUUUCGGAGCCGCUCUUUGGAUUCUAGAUUAUGUUCUUCAACUGGUACAUAUGGGAACAAAGGCGAUUUACUUCCAUCAGGGCACUAUCGGCAACUGCCAAUAUUGCUGGUGGGGAAGAUACAGCAUGGGUGCCCCAUACUUCGGUGCCUACUUCGCAACCAUGGCUCUCGCGGAUGCAGACCAGAUCGCUCCUCUAGAUGACCAGACUACUGCCUACGCCGGUUAUGCCAUCUACAAAUCUGGUGUCCCCGUCAAAGUUCUGCUUUACAACUCCGAUUAUUACACAAGCGGCACACGACCGUCGCAGACGUUCACCUUGACCGGUCUAUCGUCCUCUCGCGUCACUGCUAAGCGCCUGACUGCCCCUUUCUCAACCUCUCGAGUCGACCGUGGUUCGAACCCAACUGUUGCAGGACAGACAUUUACAAUCAACCAGCUCCAGGCCAACUGGAUCUGGACCCCCAACUGGAUCGAUUCCUCAACGAAGAAUACCGCCGGCCAGCUGGUCGCCUUCACGCGCGAAUUCACGCUCCAAUCUGCCCCGACCAGAGCCCUCCUAAAUUUCUCAGCAGACACACGGUAUAAACUCUACGUCAAUGGCGUUCGCGUCGCUGUUGGGCCGGCGAGGAGUAGUCUGUUGAUCUGGUACUACGACACGCUUGACAUUGCUCCGUUUCUGAAGCAGGGGGUCAACAAGAUCAAGUUUCUAGUCAUUCGCUACUAUGCGUCGUCCAGAACUGCGAUGCCGUUCGAGAGAACAGCUCUCCCCGGCUUGACAGUCAUUGGAAGCGUCGAAGCAGAUGCAGAAGCCGUCGACCUCAGCUCUGGACAAGGCUGGCGCGCUCAAGUGGAUGAGAGUGUUCUCUUCCCCAUUGGUCUGGUCGACGAUGUGUUCCUGCACAUCAACGAGCGCAUCGCCCCAACAACACCAACCCCGUCAGUUACGCCGAUCGUACAUGGAAUCAGGACGUUGAAUGGUGACUUGGCUCCUUGGCGGCUACGUCCCCGAUGUAUUCCAGUGCCCGAGGAAAGCAAAGUCGAUGUUGACAUUGUCCGGGCCUGUCAAAGCACCGUCGCUGCUACCGAUUGGACUGCGUGCUUGUCGGGAAAGCAGACGCUGAUCCUUCCUGGUGGUUCCUCCCACACGCUGGAUUUACAAGCCACAGUUCAUUCGACAGCGUUCCUGAGAUGGACUUUUCAAGCAGGCAAAAGGUCCCAUGUCAAGCUCAAGGUGACGUACUCGGAAGGAUAUGAACUUGAGCCCCGAUCAUAUCCAUUCUUCCGGACGAAAGCUGAUCGACUGGAUGCUGCAACUGGACAUCUCAUUGGGCCGUACGAUGACGUGGUGUUAGACAUCCCCGAGUCGCAGACCGUUGUGUAUGAACCGUUUUGGUUUCGGACGUUCCGCCUGUUGCGACUUGAGAUUACCACCGGACCUGAGCCAGUUGAGUUAUUGUCGUUUGAUGCUACCCAGGUCAAUUAUCCCCUCGCAGUCAAGGCUAGUUGGGAUGAGCCUGGAGACGUGCAAAGCAAGGAUAUCUGGGAUGUGUCGAUUCGAACGAUGCGGAACUGCAUGUUUGACGGGUACUCCGACUGUCCGUUUUACGAACAGCUUCAAUACUCUGGCGACUCCCGUGCCGUAGGCCUGUUCCACUACCUCCUCUCAGGAGACGAUCGAUUGAUGCGCCAAGCCAUCACCAACUUUGCCUCCUCAAUUGGGGUCGAGGGGCUCACCCACUCCCGCUUUCCAUCCCAUGUGCCCCAGCUCAUCGCCGGCUUCUCUCUGCUCUGGGCUCUGCAAGUGUGCGACCACCACGUCUUCUUUGGCGACACACGAUACGCGCGGUCCUUCCUGCCGCGGAUCGACGGUGUUCUCGAGUUCUUUGACGCGCAUGUUGACAGCCUUGGUCUUGUAAGCAACCUACCUGAGGAUGUGUGGCAGUAUGUCGACUGGGUGACGACGUGGGGCGCGACGGACGAGCAUCCUGACAAGGGAGUUCCCACGUCUGGACGGAAGUCGAAUCGCCAUACCUACUUCAGUAUGCUUUAUGCGUAUACCUUGCAACAGGUUGCAGGACUGUUACGCGCGGUCGGCCGACCUGGAAACGCGGAGGAAUACGAAUCGCGAGCGGCGUCUCUCCUUUCCGCAAUCCGGACGCAUUGUUAUGAUGGGCGCUUCUUCACAGAUUCAACCGCAGACAUUGCCGACGACCUGGCAUACUCUCAACACUGCCAGGUCUUUGCAAUACUGUGUGGCGCUGCACUCCCCGAAGAUAGGGCUCGUCUCGUCACAGAGGCAUUCGCAAAGCCACACUUCUCCAAAUGCUCGUACAUGAUGCAAUUCUACGCGCUGCGUGCCUUUUCCCUCGCCGGAGACGACGUCUACGAAGCGUACUGGGCGCAUGUAUGGGACCCGUGGAGGAAGAUGCUGGCGAACAACCUGUCGACGUGGGAAGAGGACGACGUGCGCCAGCGGUCAGACUGUCACGCGUGGGGAAGCGUGCCGGUGUACGAGUACUGCACCGAACUCGCAGGCAUACGGUCUCUCGCCCCGGGAUUCCAGCGGGUGUUGUUCAAGCCGCGUCUGCGAUUGAGCGAGUCUGUGUCUGCAAAGGUGGCGAUGGGGAGAGACAAUUUGGCGACUGUGUCGUGGAAGACGGGCGCUGGCGGCGUGGUUUCAGUGGUGUUGCAGCUUGAAAGAGCGGUUGAAGUAACGAGCCAGCUUCCAGGAGGCAAGGAGGAGGAUCACGGAGUCAUUUCACAGCUGACGCUAGAGUAUAAGAAAGGAGUCUAG